AUGCCGUCGAAUUCGAUGGCCGUGCGCUUGGAACAAGAAUCCGCCCGACAGGCGGUGAUUACGUCUGAAAUCGAGAAUAGCCGCCGCGAACAAGAAGAAUCGCGUGCGAUAUUGUCGAAGCAGCAAGAACAACUGCGACGCCAACAAGAAGAGAUCAUGUUGGCGAUGGCUCAGCAAGCCAGGCACUCCAAGGUGGAGGAGCUUGACAAGAAAGUACGCCGUAAUAACGUGCGCUGGGGACUCUUUGCCGCUGCAACCAAUGAGCGACCCCCUGCGCAAGCGGCGCCGGCGGUGAUGAGCCGUUCGGAGACCCUUAUGGGUGUUCAGCAAGUGCCGCUGGCCCCGAUGUACAAGGGUAGCACGAAGCGUGAGCGCCGGGAGUUCAUGGAUGAGUAUCAUCCGUACUUUCGGCGCGUGGAAGCGCUGAACCGUGGUAUUGUGCCUCGUGUUUGUGAACAUGAUUUCGGCAAGCCGAUCGAAGAAAUCACUGAAGACGAAUGGCGGGACUACUUUCUGAGUGCCCAAGUUCAUGAACUUGACCUCGAUUGGGUUGCCAAGGCUAUGGCGCCCUUGAAGAUGGACAUGCGGAUUCGCGAUGCGGAAUCCCGCGUCGGUCGAUUGCUGGCCGAUUUCUACGAGAAGCUCGAGCAGCUGGAUGUGGUUCACCUGCCCAGCCAGGAGCCGAAACAGUCGGUCAAGAUUUUGACGGCUGCAAUCCAACCCGCGGCACUGAAGGCCACGGUAGAGCGGCAGCUCGCUCAGGAAGCAAACAAGGUCUACAAGACCAGCGUGUCUGCGUUUGGCCGCUGGUUGAUUCAGUUACUCGACAACUUCAUGUUGUUUGAGUCGCAAAUGUACGGCGAGAAAUACCGGCAACCGCAACAGCGGAAGCCUGAUGGCCAAGCGAAAGGCGUGGUGCCCGCAAAGCAAGUGCUGCUUACAAAAGGCUGUCUGAAGUGUGGCAGUGACGACCACAAGGUCGUGCAAUGUCCCAAGUGUGCGCCGGGGGAAGCGCAUCGUCUGUUAGAACAACGGGCAAAGCGUCCUCUUGUUGCGGCGAACACGCCGGCAGCCGCUCCAAGCAGCGUGCCGGCAGCCAAGAAGAACGUGGUUUGCGCGGCGAUCGACUCAAAGAAGCCGAAACUCGAAGCUCCGCAAGCGCCGCGCACCGUACGCUGCUCUGUGAAUGACAUGGAAGCGCUGGCGCUACUUGACAGCGGCGCGGAUCAAUCGGUGGUUUCGCCUGCAUUAUUUGCGCGGCUGAAAGAAGCCGGCGCUUUGCUUGCGCCUGUGUGCAAGUUGGAUUCUGUCCUGGAGCUGGGUAGGUUCAUGGAAGAAAUGAAGCUUUCCGUCGACCGUGAAAUCAAGCUGAAGUUGACGUUCGACACGGACGAAGGUCGUCUGGUUCUGACGAACCUGACGUGCUGGUUGGCCGCAGCGCCUCUGCACAGCGGUCUCGGCGACAUUAUCGUGAGCCGUGCAGUGAUGGCUAGUUUGGGAUACUCUCCCAUAGCUUUAUUGGAAGCUGCGCGGCGUGCUCAAAACGUCUAUGACCUUAGCCAGCUGGGCGACCAAAAUUCGUGUCUCAUGGCGGCAAUCAAGGUCCUAGAAGACAAGAAGCAGCCACCGAUAGCGCCGGAAGAAGCGGAGCUAAACGUUGAUGAAGAAUUAUCUUGCUUUCCACAAGUUGACGUGGACUGGUCAGUAGACGAUGACAAAGCGGCGGUGCUCAAAGAGAAGGUCGGCGAGUGCCGAGUUGCAGGAUGCGAUGAUGACUAUGCCGUCGAGCUGGGAAGGCUGCUCGUCAAAUACGAAGAUGUGUUCCGACUCAAGCUGGGUCGGGAUCCGCCGGUCAAGGUGGAGCCUCUUCGUGUGACUCUCAAAGCUGACACGAAGCCUGUACGCUGCAAGGCACGACGCUACUCGAAGGAGCAGCGGGAGUUCAUGGCGAGACACGUGGAACAACUCCAGGCGGCUGGUUAUGCUAUCGCAAUCCGCGGUCGAAGUGUGGACGUUCGUCCAGUCAACGCUCAGACGGAGCGGAUCCUCUGGCCGAUGCCAAUGCUAGAGGUGAUCCUCGACCACCUCUGUGGUGCCAAAGUCUUUUUCACCUUGGACUUUUUCAAGGGCUAUUGGCAGUUUGCGCUGCAUCCUGACUCGCAGGAGAUGUUCUCGUUCCUUACGGACAUCGGCGUUUACACGCCAACCCGAGUGUUGAUGGGCAGCACGGACAGCGUUUUGCCAGUCAUCUACGAUUUACUCGGCUACAGCAAGAACAAGGACGGUUUACUGGCCGUGUUGGAGCGCGUACUUAAGAUUUGCGAGUUCCGUGGGCUCAAGCUGAACCCAACGAAGUGUCGGUUCUAUCAAACCGAAGCACUUUGGUGUGGGCGUGUCGUGCCUGGCGAAGGGGUAAAGCACGACCCCCCGAGCGCAUCAAGGCGCUACAAGAUUUGA